CGAACGUCCCCUUUUGUUAGAUCACUGAUUAGUGUACAUCAAUACGUACACACUCAUCAACCGUGAAGGUAUCUUUUGGCCGCUUCGUGGCGCUUUUCUAUCAGAACAUGGCGGAUGCCACUAAUCUGAACGAUGCUCCAUUCGACUAUGAACGAACGAAAAAAACGAUUAACAAGAUUAAGAAUAGGUCUAGCGGAUUGUCUUCGACAUCAGAAAAAUCAGGAACUGCUUCACGGACAGCUUUUCAACGGACUCGCUACGCUACAGCUGAAGAUGAACGUGUGUACAAAACGUACAGCACGGGAACGGCUGCGCAGCAAGUCAAGUACGACGGACAUGAACUGCGUCUCAUCGAGGACGAAGAGUCCGAUUGCGAUCAGCCAUCAACGUCAGAAAGUGUCAACGGACUGUCAGUCAACAUCGUGCGCCUCAAACCACGCGCUAUCAGGAAAGAUUACAAGAAAAGAGAAGGUCACACCAAGAGCUUGAGCAGUGACGUCCGCCAUCGACCAAUUAACGAUAGCGAAGAAUCUGUGGCAAAGGCAAAUGCAGAAGUGAUGCAAAUCGUGCGAUUGAAAGAACAGAAGGCAACGAACACAAGGCAGUUCAGUCCUCAAAGGAAGUCAUAAGCACGAACGCUGAAAAACUUGCUCCAGGAAGAGGAAACAUUACGUUCCGGUUAAAGACACGCAAGGACUAAUGUCAG